AUGUUCCACUGCAUGCCCCUGUGGCGGUGCAACCGUCAUGUGGAGACCGUCGACCGGCGCCACUGCUCGCUCGUCUACGUCCCCGAGGAGAUCUACCGUUACGCGCGCAGCCUGGAGGAGCUGCUGCUGGACGCCAACCAGCUCCGCGAGCUGCCCGAGCAAUUUUUCCAGCUAGUCAAAUUACGAAAGCUCGGACUUAGUGAUAAUGAGAUACAGCGGCUCCCUCCAGAAAUAGCAAACUUCAUGCAGCUGGUGGAACUUGAUGUAUCCCGAAAUGGUAGUAAUUUUAUUUCUGUUGGCUCCAAGUUGUUUUGGUCAGAGUGGGAGAGUCGGUUGAAAAAUCAUGGAAUUCCACCCUUCAGUUUACUGAAUAUGACUUUUGAAAUAGGAAAUCUGAAGAACUUGCUGUGCUUAGAUGUCUCUGAAAACAGGUUGGAGAGACUUCCUGAAGAAAUUAGUGGCCUGACUUCACUAACGGAUUUAAUCAUUUCCCAGAAUUUAUUAGAAGCAAUUCCAGAUGGCAUUGGAAAACUAAAGAAACUGUCAAUCUUGAAAGUGGAUCAAAACAGACUCUCACAAUUGCCUGAAACAGUUGGAGACUGUGAAAACCUCACUGAAUUGGUUCUUACAGAAAACAGGCUCCUGACCUUGCCUAAGAGCAUUGGAAAACUUAAGAAGUUGAGUAACUUGAAUGCAGACAGAAAUAAAUUAGUGUCAUUACCAAAAAGGUAUAUUGGGGGCUGCUGCAGCCUCACUGUGUUCUGUGUUCGUGACAACAGACUAACUUGGAUACCUGCAGAGGUUUCACAAGCAACAGAGCUUCACGUUCUAGAUGUGGCAGGGAACAGGUUGCUGCAUUUGCCUUUAUCCCUGACUACCUUGAAUCUAAAAGCCCUGUGGUUGUCAGACAACCAGUCGCAGCCUCUGCUCACAUUCCAGACGGAUACAGACCACACCACUGGAGAAAAGAUCCUAACAUGCGUCCUACUUCCUCAGCUGCCUUCUGAGCCAACCUGCACAGAGCACCUGCCACGCUGUGACGCGCUGGAGAGCUUGGUGAGUGAUGUUUCUGAUGAGGCCUGGAACGACCGUGCUGUGCACAGGGUCAGUGCCAUCCGGUUCUUGGAAGAUGAGAAGGAUGAAGAGGACAAUGAAAUGAGGACACUUCUGAGGCGAGCCACACCACACCCGGGCGAAUUAAAGAACAUGAAAAAGACAGUGGAGAAUUUGUGGAAUGACAUGAAUGCUGCUAAAGGACUGGAUUCCAACAAAAAUGAGGUCAAUCACGCCAUUGACCGAGUGACCACGUCUGUGUAGCGCCUUUCAAGUCUUACCUCCUUUGUUUUCCCUUGCUGCUGAGGAGCCUUGGGUGGGCAAGGCCUCUCUCUGUUCCUCUCAGUUUGGACCUGCACAGCCUACUCCAGUCCCACAAGGGUGCUCUUCAUGAAAGUGCCUUACCUAACUCCUUGGGCCCACUGGUCAGUGCACCAGGCCUCAGUACAUCCUGGGCACUUUCUUCUGAAUUGCAGCCAAUGGUGAUAAGUAGCAAACACUACUGUAAUUAAUUGCCCUCUGCUUUUGUCUCUUGUUGGGAUAAGGGAGAGGGGGAAGAGCAAGUUUAUUCUCCUCCCACCCCCUCCCUCAAGUGCUGAGACAUUAUAAACCCAAGUAUCUUGGGCCUAUUGAUGAAAGUCUUAUGUAUGGCAAAAAGUCAGUACUUUUUUUAAACUCUUUUGGGCAGCUCAGAUGGUGUAAAUGUAAAAUUUUUUGUAUAGGUAGUUUCAAAACCAAAAAUUUAACUUGUUUGUUUUUUAAAAAACGGUACAUAUUUUAGUAUUUGUGCGGAAAAAGAACAUACUAGUCCUAAAGUAUUUGUUUUUAAUUUGUACCAUUCAUUUGUGCCUUAUGUAUCCUGUUGUCAUGUCAACCCAAUUAUACAUGGUCAGCCCUUGAGCAGUGAUAUGACCUGAGGAAUGUGGUAUUUCUUAAGCAGUAUUGGAUUUUAAUCAGUAGUCUGCUUGUCAGUUAACCAAAAAGAAGUUAACCACUUGCUUGUAAACAUCACCAGUUGUUUUUUAAAAAAAGAAGAACCAAAGGAUUAGACUGCUAAUACUUCUUUUCUUUCCACACUAACUUUUCAAGAGUAGAAUUUUUUACAUUGAGCUUGAUACUUAUUGUACGUACUUGGAAGACAUAUGUGCCACUUGUAACCUAAAAUCAACAGCAAA